CACCACCACCGCUAAAGCAUUACUGAGAAGCAAGAUGGAGAUGUCACAUGUCGCAGUAAAAAAUUUUCACCUGGUUUCAUACAAAAGGUUUGAUUCCUGUGAGGACAAGGAUGGCAUGGAUGAGGACAAUCUGGCCAAUCAGAACAUCAGGAUCAUCAGAUCAGUAGGUGGUGCUCCAGUAAGCAGAUACUACAGACUAGCAGCAGUGUGUUUGACCCUAAUGUGUGUUCUCCUGAUCUUUGCUGUCUCCGUGCUGUGGUUCAAGUUCAGUAAGUUGACUACAAAAAACACUGAUUUACAAACUCAUUACAGCAAUCUCAUUCUCGAGAAAGAAAAGCUCCAGACCAGUUACGUAAACCUGACCCAUCAUAGCAACCAACUUUAUAUGAUGUACAAUAAGAUGAACAGAGACAAAGACAAGUUACAGAUCAGCAACAACAACCUAACCUUUGAGAAAGAUCAGUUACAGGUCAACUACAAAAACCUGACUGUCAAGAGAGACCAGUUACAGACUAGCUACGACAAAUUGAAUGUCGAGAGAGACCUGCUGAAGUCCAGCAACAACAACCUGACAUUUGAGAGAGACCUCCUGAAGUCCAGCAACAACAACCUGACAUUUGAGAGAGACCUGCUGAAGUCCAGCUACAACAAUCUGACAUUUGAGAGAGACCUGCUAAAGUCCAGUUACAAAAACCUGACAUUUGAGAGACACUCGUCACAGACCAUCUACAACAACCUGACCCUUGAGAGAGACCGGCUACAGACCAGCUUUAACAACCUGACCCUUGAGAGAGACCGGCUACAGACCAGCCUCAACAACCUGACCUUCGAGAGAGACAGGCUACAGACCAGCUACAACAACCUAACUGUCGAGAGAGCCCAGGACCAGGUAAAAUGUAUGAAACUAGCUAAUGAAAUGGAAAAACUGCAGACAAACUACAGGACCAUGGCAAACCAGAAAGAUCAGUUACAGAAGGAGAAAGAAGAAUUUCAGAACAACUUUGACAAGAUAGUUGAACAGGUCAAACUAGGAUGGGUCUACUUCAGCCCCAAUUUUUACCUCAUCUCUACUGAGAAGAAACCAUGGACUGAAAGCAGACAGGAAUGCAAAAAGAAGGAAGCAGACCUCGUGAUGAUCAAGACUAAAGAGGAACAGGACUUCCUUGUUGAGCAGCUGGGCAGCGAUAAGGCAUGGAUUGGUUUAAAUGACAGAAACACAGAGGGGCUUUGGAAAUGGGUGGAUGGAACUAAAGUAACCACUGCGUACUGGGCCCCAGGCGAACCCAACAAUGCAGGUAAUGAGGACUGUGCUCAGCUUUGGGGUUUUCCGAAUAACCAUGACUGGAAUGACAGGUCAUGCAAUCAAAAAGUGAGAUGGAUUUGUAAGAAAUCCAUUCUGACAUUUCAGUGAUUAAUCUCUGCUGUUUUUCAGCAACGAUCUCCAAUCUCUGCCACAGAAGUCCUCUUGAGCUUCCCAUCCACUUUUAAUAUUACUUUAAUCAGCCUUCUAAUGUACAGUAAAACCCCGGAUUAUGAGUAACGUGGUUUGCGAGUGGUCUGCAAUGAAUUUUGACUUGGAAAACGAGCAUUGUCUUGGUUUACGAGCACCAAGUAUCAUUUAUCACGCAUGCACUUCCUGAUUUGACGGCAAGCGUCACGUGGUAACAACUAAGCCAACGGUUUUUCUCUCUCUUGCGCUGCAGGUAAUCAUCUUUCCUGCUGGGUCUUAGUGCUCGUCACUUACUGGUGUAAUCAACAUCCGUAUGUGUGUUUUUCUUUCUCUUGCGCUGGAGAGUGUGUGUUAUGUGUGUGCGCGUGCGUAAUUUGACACCGCGCUGGCUCAGACACACAUACACACACUCGCCUUUACUGUGUGUCAGUGUGUGUUUUUCUUUCUCUUGCGCUGCGGAAUGUGUGUUGUAGCGCGCGUAAUUUGAUACCGUGCCGGUUUUCACACACACACACACCCUCUCCCUAUCAUCUUUAGUGUGCAUCAGUGUUUAAGUGUGUGUGUUAUGUGUGCGCGCGCGUAAUUUGACACUGUGCCGGUUUACUUUCUUUCUCUCGCCUUUAAUG